GGGGGGACAGAGGGGCAAUCUGCCCACCUCUGACACCAUCACUGUCGGCACCGUGGACAGUGAUCGCAAAUGACAACAAAUGUAAUCGUUUUCCUGUUCCGUGGGUUGGUCUUUUACUUCCAAACCACGGACCGGAAGUCCUGUGUGUCGCUUAUUGCUGCUGCCUCGACGGAUCUGUGCGCAUCUGAUCGAGCUGGAAUAGCGAAUUGGGAACAUUUGGGCCCUCUCUCUCCGCUGCACCGUAAGCCUCCGUGUUUCCGUCUCUGCAGCGGUCGCGCUGGCGUCGCGGCGACCGGGCGAAACGUUCCGUCGGCGGCUCUUAUGACAGCGACGGGAUGACAGCGGUCCAGUCGGAGCCGUGUUUGUUUUGUGUGGCGAAAUGAGGCAGGGGGUGGAGAGUCGCCACAGAGACGCUGGGCUCCGGCCAAACAUCGCCGCAUUUUAGCACCACUUCUUCUCCUCCCUUGCAUGCAAGGGCUUCUGCACUGAGCUGCGUCGCUGAUCGACCCGCUCGUUUUUUUCUUUCUUUCUUUUUUUUCUUUUUAAAGACAUCUAUCUUUGCAAGGUGCAUGGUGGAAAAUGCAGCUUGUUUGAGGACACCCCCCUCCACCACCACCACCUCUCUCUCCCUCUCCUCCACAUAUCCAUCGCUGCCAUGACAGGCAGAGGUCUCCUCCGGAGCUCGGCUCGGUCGCUCGGAGAGCAGGCAGAUUGACUCGGGUCGGUGGGGCCUCGCAUCCGCGGAUGUCAUUCUGUCUGUGGAUCCUGUAAACACCGUCCGCGCAAAUACACGGCGAACGUCGCUCGGGAGCUGGGGGGGUGGGGAGAGGAAAAUUAAGAGGGGCAGGGGGUGAGAGAGAAAGAGAAGGAAAACAUGUCGUCUCGAUCUGCAUUACAGUCUGGAAACGACAGGAGCACGGGAGAACAUCAUGUGCCGCUCGGUGCCAGCCGCGCAGACAAGGCCACGAGCCAGUCCAGCCGCUCCCUGGGUGCCCGGUGCAGGAACUCCAUUGCCUCUUGCUCAGACGAGCAGCCGCACAUCGGCAACUACCGUCUGCUCAAGACCAUCGGCAAGGGAAACUUUGCCAAAGUCAAGCUGGCGCGCCACAUCCUGACAGGCAGGGAGGUUGCAAUAAAAAUCAUUGACAAAACCCAGUUGAACCCAACCAGUCUGCAAAAGCUUUUUCGGGAGGUACGAAUAAUGAAAGGCUUAAAUCACCCUAACAUAGUGAAGCUGUUUGAGGUGAUAGAGACGGAGAAGACCCUUUACCUUGUUAUGGAGUAUGCCAGUGGAGGUGAAGUGUUUGACUACCUCGUGUCACAUGGGAGGAUGAAGGAGGUCGAAGCCAGAGCCAAAUUCCGACAGAUUGUCUCUGCCGUCCACUACUGCCACACCAAGAACAUCGUCCACAGAGAUUUGAAGGCGGAGAACCUUCUGCUGGACGCCGACGCCAACAUCAAGAUUGCUGAUUUCGGCUUCAGCAACGAGUUCACGCUGGGGAACAAGCUGGACACGUUCUGUGGCUCCCCGCCCUACGCCGCACCUGAGCUUUUCCAGGGAAAGAAGUACGACGGGCCUGAGGUGGACGUCUGGAGCCUGGGAGUCAUCCUUUACACGCUGGUCAGCGGUUCUCUGCCGUUCGACGGCCAGAAUCUAAAGGAGCUGAGAGAGCGCGUGCUGAGGGGAAAGUAUCGUGUGCCCUUUUACAUGUCAACCGACUGCGAGGGCAUCCUUCGCCGAUUUCUGGUGCUGAACCCCGCCAAGCGCUGCACUCUCGAGCAAGUCAUGAAGGACAAAUGGAUAAAUACAGGGUACGAGGGGGAUGACCUGAAGCCCCAUAUAGAGCCCGUGGAGGACUUCAGCGACCCGACACGCAUAGAGGUGAUGGUUGGGAUGGGCUUCACCCCUGAAGAAAUCAAAGACGCUCUCCUGAAUCAGAAAUACAACGAGGUCACCGCCACCUACCUGCUGCUGGGUCGAAAAGGCGACGAAAGCAGUGAUGCUCGCAGUGCUAGUACACUGUCUCUGGCGAGGGUCCGACCCAGCCCCAUUACCAACGGGACGAACAAGCACUCCUCAGCCACUGGCUCCUCUUCCUCCUCCACCUCCUCCUCCCACAGCAAGUCGCAGCGCAGUGCCUCCACCUACCACAGACAACGGCGACACAGCGACUUCUUCCUCCACAACAAAGGCGGGCCUUCCAUGCCCGUCAUGCACCCCAAGCGGAGCCCGACCAGCACCGGGGACCGGGAGCUGCGGGAGGGCCGGAUGCCUUCGCGUAAAGCCAGCUGCAGUGUAAUGGGGAGCCACAGCCUUCCUCCCUCCAGCCCAAUGGUCAGCAGUGCCAACAACCCCAAUAAGUCUGAAAUCCCAGACCGCCGCAAAGACAUGACUGCCACCACGAAUAACAUCCCGGGAAGCACCAUGACACGCCGGAAUACAUACGUGUGCACAGACCGCUCAGGUGCUGACAGGCACUCUCUUCUGCAGAACGGCAAAGAAAACAGCUCUCUGGGCCACCGCAUGCCCACAGCAUCCCCCUCCACGCUCAGCAUGGCCGGAGCCGGCGCAGCUUCCUCCUCUUCCUCAUCGGACAGAUGCCGCCUGACACGAGGAUCCACAAUCCGCAGCACCUUCCACGGGGGUCAGCUGAGGGAUCGCGGUCCACCGGUCUACUCUGCCCCGCCCACAUCACCCACCCUGUCCCACCACGAUGCCAGCCCGCUGCCCCAUGCACGCACCAGGGCGACCUCCAACCUCUUCACCAAGCUGACCUCCAAACUCACUCGCAGGGUCACAAAUGAAUCUGAGGGAAUCAGGAGAUUUGCGGUCACAAGUUGCCAUCUACCUGGGUAUCAAAAAGCGUCCGAGCCCCGGGCCGUCGGACGUGGCUGGAAUCUGAGAGGCGGUGGGCGGCGGGACCCUGCGGAGGUGGUAUUGGCUCUGCAGGAGGCAGCGCUCGGAUGUGGCUGCCAGGUCCACCAUUCCGGCCCCUUUCUGCUCUCCUGCACCCACGGCGUGGCAGGGGGCCGUGUGGCUUUUGAGGCCGAGGUGUGCCAUCUAUCCACGGGCACCUCCGAGACUUCUAACGGGGUACGCUACACGCGACUCUGGGGGGCACCGCUAGCUUUUCGGGACAUCGCUACCCAAAUCUCGAAGGACCUUGAACUUUGAGCCAGAGGGAGUGUUUGCAUCGAGAGUGUGUUUUUGUGCGUUUAUGUGUGUGCGCCAAGUGAAUUGAAGUGGGGUAUGGGGGGGGGACAGAGACGGGGGCAAGGGGCUGGACCCUUUCAGGAAAACCCCCUCUGCACACACACAUAGACUCGCACACACCUGAGCAGAAAGGUAACACUGACCGAAGCACCCCAACGUCCACCCAAUCACUGCACCCAGCUCAGCCAGCUUCUUCACUGAGCUACUGCAACCACUGGAUCUGGAUCAGAUGGAAUCUAGUUGAAUAUUUUUUAUUGCUACUCUUAGCCAUAAUGACUCUUUAUUUUGUUAUGCUCCGAUCCUUGUUUUUACCCUCCGUCACUCUCAUCUCCACACAAAGAAACAUCCCUAUGCUGUCAGACUUCACUGACCACCAAGUCCUUUUUUAAGCUCUUUUUAUAUGACAGUCACACGUACUGUUUCAUUCUAUUUUCCCCCUUUUGAUCACAUACAUGAUAACAUGUCCAACUCUGUGAUCAUAUGGGCAAAGACGAAGGGUUGCAUUGCAUUGACUCAUGGGCACAGUCUGGCAAUGACUACGUCAGAUUAAGGUCAAUGGGAGUUGAUUUGUCUGUCACGGCCAAUCAGAGGCUAAUGUGGAGUAACAAUAGCCAAUCAGUGAGGUAUUCUAAGUCCAAAAAGCCAAUGAGAUUUCCAAGUUCAUAAACUUGUGGAGCAAGUUCUUUAAAACAAAAAUCCAUAACAUAGUCGAAUUACUUUUAUAACAAAAACAAAAAACAUCAAUACUUUCUUCACAACUGGAAAUUAAAAAAGGAAAGACAUAAUUUUUGGUCAAAUUGGUUCCCGUGCAGUUCCCACAAAAACUGAGCAAAAUACUUUUGUUUUACAGAGUGACAGUAUUAACACAAAAAUGUAUUAACUCAACAUAAUUGCUUUAAAAAAGAGGGAAAUAAGAUUAUAAUUUCUGCUAAAAUAAUAUCAAAACGGUAUAUUACUAUUAUAGCUACAAUAACAUUUUGUUCCCUUCCCUGACAUACAGUAUGGAAAGUGUUAGUGUUAAGCCAUUGUUGCAAAAUCUGUGCUAAACUAUUUCAUGUACUUGAGAAACUAAUAAAAACUAAAAUAUUCCAGCCACAAAUGACAGAAAAUCUAGUCAGUGUCAAAUAAACCAUCAGAGAGCCAGAAGGCUAUAUUAAAAGAUUACGUAAACAUAUAAAAUUGUGUCAUACCUAAGCUAGAAUAUAAAAUACCCUUCUUCUGCUUAGUAGUACUUUAUUAGUAAACAAUACAUCCAAGUCUAACAAUCUGUUAGCAGCUCAUGAAUUAGCUUCAGUAGCUAUGUACCAGGAGGCUUUUCUUUUACUGACAGGCAAGGUAACUCUCAAAGCUUGUUGCUAUGAUCUGUUUGCAAACACAGCUACUUUAUUAGAAGCAAUCAUUGAGUGGAAAUAUCUUUCAACACAAGCUUUGCGUUUGUUGACAAGAAUUCUCUUCCUUUAGCCUGCUAGCUAGCAGGACCCAGCAACGGCUUGGGAAGCGCCACUCGGUGCCGCACAAGAAAUUUCCUGUCGCUCCUGGACUCUUUUGGAAUCAUCUUGGGAUUAUAUGAAACUGAAGACACAAAAGACUACGAUGUAAAACGUUUGUAGUAAUGAAACUGUGACCUGAAAACUGUUUGGAGUUAAACAUUAUUGUACCUAGAGAUGAGGUCUUGUCCCACUUUUCAAUUUUAGUCAAUUAAAAUCAUGAUUUGUGGCUUGUUCUUAAACAGAAAUUGUUUGCUUAAACAAAUAUCACAGUGUUUUACUAAAUUGUGGAAACAGAUAAAUCUAGGUUUAGGGUUAUGAAUACAAACACUAUCCAUUUGCUCAAAAUCCUCAGGUAACAGAACAAUAUUUUACCUGUCUGAAUAGGGAAGGAAUGACAGAUUCUGAAUACAGUUAAAAUUAGUUCCUUUUGUAGCGUGAAGGCUCUCCAUUAUAAAUAGGUUGAAGAACUCUGUCAUCCAGGGGGAGCUGAGAGUAGAGACUUAAGUGGUGAGGGUAUUUGAUCAGGCUGCCUCUGUUUGAAGGUCUUCCAGUAACAUCCCUCUGGGAGGAGACCCAGAAAGAACUGGAGGGACUAUGUUCCCUUCUGACCCGGGGAUUCCCCAGCAGGGUGUCUGGGAUUCCCCUCUGGAUCUGUUAUUCCCACGACGUCAGAUACAGGGAGACGGUGUUUGGUUCGCAUUGAUGUUUGGAAUCUUUCAACCAGAACCACGUCACCAACUUUCCCCUUCAAAGCAGUCUUUUAAUGCUCUGCAGAGUAACAAGCAACACUGCAACUCUAGAGUACUAUCAAUGCAAUGCAACUCUUGUGUUGACUCUAUUCUGUGCCAUGUGAUCUCACCUUGCUCAUCAUCUCUUGUUGGUGGGAAACACCAAAACAUGGAUCAGCCAAGCAGCAGCACCUUUCAUUCCACCUCACCCUUACAUGCUGAGGUCAUGUACUCUCCCAAAUGUGCACCACUUUACCCUUGUAGCCCCGUAUAAGAACUGCUCAGUCCAUUAUUGGUGACUGCAGAGAUCAGGGGAGAGUUCUGUACCUGGACAGGCACAAUGGAGGCAAUGUGGAUACUGUUUUCUUCUUGUUAGUCCAGUUGCCUUUAAAGUGAACACCCCCCAGCGCCUUCAUACAGUACUUAUUUAAUGUAAAAAAGGAAAAAAAAACUGAGAAAGCUUUCUAUGCUCCCUCCCUGUUUUUAGUGAACAAUGUACUGUGAUAUUUGCGUAGACUACAGAGGUCAUAUUGUUUGGCUGCUGAUUUACUGUUAAAACUUUCUCUCAGUUGUGGUUUUACUCAUGGUAACCCAAACUAACCAACCCCAUCCCACCUCCACCCCUACAUGUUCACACCCAUCAGGACUUCGCCAACUUCCUCGACUUAAACUCAUCGGUCCGUCAUACACACCAAGAACUUUUUUGUAUGAGUCACAGUGAGUGUUUUGGCUUCAUUGCCCCUCCACCGCCCCCACAGGGAAACAAUCAGCCGUAUUUCACUCUGUCAUGUCGUGUGGAAUCUUCUCGGUCCUGUUUGGUGUGUGCUGCUUCUGGGAGUCCAACAGGGGACCUGCUGUCCCCCCACCCCUCAGGUUGAGAAGCAUGCACCAACAUGGAUGCCAGGAGUCUGUCCUUGUCCUCUCCCUGGACGGUUUUCAUUGUGGUGUAUAUUAGCAUUAGGUAAUAUAGACCUCAAUGCACUUUGCUUUGACUUGAAUCAGCUCCCUCCAGUGUACCUGUUUAGGUCAUGCCCAGUACUAGUCACUGGAGGGCGCCAAUGUCUUAAAUGUGAAACACUUCAAUUUGUGGAUAUUUGCACAGGUACUUUAUUUAUUUUUUAGAAUAAUAUCAUUAAAAAAAACAGGAUUUAUAUCAGUCAGUUGAUGGCUGUAUAUAAAAUAUAUGAAUAUAGUAUAUAUCUUAGAGCUCAAGGUUUAUUUAUAGUUAGAACAAGGGAAGUAAUUCUAGAUUAAAACUGUUUCUGUCAGUGAUAUGGGGGAGCAAAACCAACCUGCAAUCCUGCAUGACUUCAGAGUUUGGAUUAUGAUGGAAGAAAAAUGAACUAUGAUGCACAUCUUGGAUUGGAGGCUUUAUGAAACGCAGACACCAUCAGUUUAUACAAGCUAAUUGUUCAAUGAAGCUCCAGCCCCUCCUCCCUUAAACUUACCCUCUUUUGACAGAAACAAACAGAAGGGCUCCAGUGAGAUACAGUAACUUUCUUCCACCUCGUUGUUUGACGAUAGAGAUUUAACUUGAAUUCACACAAAUCCUGCUAAUGCCAUGACACGGUUAAAAAGCCCAGAGUUGCAAGCAAGCCAUAGAAAAGCUAUACUACUGGUGUGUGAUCUUAAAUGUGUGUGGGGAAAAAAAAGAUUAUACCUUUGGGUCACACAACUCACUGUUAUUGUUUAAGAUGGGGUGACAUUGUCUUGAAGAGUGAAGAAUUACUGUGAAGACUUUUUAAAGGAGUAUUUAUUGGUGGGAGUUAUGAGGAAGAGAGUCCGGUCUGGUUGUUGGGAACUGAACAGUAUUACAAGCCCAGUUAGCUCAGUAUUUUACACCAACUUCAUUUCUAAAAGAAUUUUCAGAACAGCUGAUGUUAUAUGCAAAACUAACGUAGGAAUAGUCACAGUCUGACUCUGUUCUGCUGUUAAAUUUCUUCCCUUAGAAGCAAAAUUGUAAACUGAGACUGGGUGGUUGUGGUAUCUGAAGAGAACAUGGAGCUGAAGUUGAAUAAAAUUCACUGAUGUUGGCAUUAUUGUCA